AUGCAGCAUUUGGUUUGCCGACAAACCAGGCAAGUCUUCAUGGACAGGAUGUGCAUCGAGCAGAACGAUCCUGAAUUGAAGAAGAAGGGUAUCAUGGGAUUGGCUGGCUUUCUCAAGCUUUCCAAGCGCUUGGUUGUCCUCUGGAGCCCCAGGUACUUCACCCGCCUGUGGUGUGUAUACGAGAUUGCCACAUGGACAAAGUUGCGAAAGUCCCUCAGGCAAAUCAUUAUCGCUCCGGUGGCACAAGGCGUAUUUGUGGUCUUGGUGAUGAGCGGUGUCUUUGUGGUCAUGGUCUUGCUCACUGCCCUUGCGCAGCUAGAAAGCUGGGAGCUGUACUCCGUGAUCCUGGGAUUGGUGACGGCCACGAUCAUGAUUGCACCCCUCUACGCCGUGCGCAAUUUGGUGUGCGACCUUCGCGUCAUGAAAGCACAGAUUGAAGGCUUCAGCUUCAUGAGCGCAGAGUGCUAUUGCUGCCGGGUGGGCCAUCUCAUCCCUGACACAAACACUCGCAUCCCGUGCGACCGUCACAUCAUUGGUGACAAGCUUGAGGAAUGGUUCGGGCCACAAUCUUCUGGUGUCAUUCGGCAUCGCAUGGCCAAGGAGCUUUGCCUGGCUUUGUCAAGAUCCGGGACGCGAGGGACCACCGGCGAGUCAGCAGAGGAGCUCUUCGACCGAUAUGUGCAAGGAGUGUUUGGCCGCUACAUCUUGAAGAAGGUCGGUGGCACUCGUGUGAGUUACGAUGUUGCUGUGGCCACGACACUGCCCGCAUUCUUCUACGUCUGUGACAGGCUUCACUUGUUGACCACACUGCAGCCGCGGGAGCAGUGGCGCCUAAUUGCACAUUACGCGGCCGUCAUCCUCGGCUUCUUUCCCAGCCUUGUCCGGCUUGCACUUGACAUGACACUUCUCGCCGACUACCUCUUGCGAAUCAGGAUACCUUUGCCCACGAACCUUUGGGUCAUGCUACUGGCCACGGCGAUUCUCACUGGCAUCACCUUCCUGUGGCUGUUUUUGUUGGACUACAGCUUAUUUCACGACCAAGUCCUGUUCCAGAUUCUGGUGAACUCAGCCAGCAUCAUUGCGACAGUCGGCUUGUACUACAGUGACCUAAGCGACUUGUGGACUCGACUGAAGCGCAGCAGGAAGCAACGCUUCGGGAGGAUGAAGACGCGCAGAACCCUGCGGCCAAGCCGGCGUGAGUCCGGGGAAUCAGGCCCGAUCCCUGCAGGAAUGCUACACAAAGGCAAGUCUUGGCAGCCUGUUCCAGAGACUACCCCAGAGUCGCCUCCGACUUCCCCGAAGCCCAAGCGAGUGACAUUCGGGAAGACCGUGCCGGCCCUCGAGACUGCGGUGCUUCCGGGCGCUCCUAUGCAUGAAUGA